GCGGUGCGAGAGCGCGUUCGCAUCUGGGCCGGCAAGAUGGCGGCAACGGCGGGGUCCGGCGCGGAACUGCUCGGGGCUCUGGGGGAGUCCGUCGUGGGGGCGGGCGAGACGCCUCGCCCUCUGGCCCCUGAGGAGAUCGCCCGCAGGCUCCAGAGCACAAGGCGGGAACUUAGCAACAGGCGCAAGAUCCUGCUGAGGAACCUGCCCGCCGAGAGCAGCAGCCAGGAAAUCCAUGAAUUAUUAAAAGACUUUGAAUUGAAAUAUUGCUAUGUGGACAAAAAUAAAAGAACAGCUUUUGUUACUCUACUGAAUGGGGAACAAGCUCAGAACGCAAUACGGCUGUUUCACCAACACUCACUUCGUGGAAGAGAGAUAUCAGUACAGCUUCAGCCAACUGAUGCCCUGCUUUGCAUUACCAAUUUGCCCUCUUCCUAUACAUUACAGGAGUUUGAAGAGUUGGUGCGACCUUAUGGCAAUGUUGAGAGACACUUCUUGAUUUAUAGUGAAAUCACUGGUUAUUCAAAGGGCUAUGGGUUUGUGGAAUACAUGAAAAAGGAUUCUGCAGCUAAGGCUAGGUUGGACCUUCUAGGGAAACAGUUAGGUGGUAAUGUCGUCUUUGCUCAGUGGAUGGAUAUUAACCAAUUAACUCCAGAACUCAUACAUUCAAAGUGCCUUUGUGUGGAAAACCUCCCUAUAGACUACACUGAUGGAGAAGAACUGGUGCAAACUUUCUCAACUAACUAUAAACCUGUGUUCUACCAGCUUGCUCAGGAUGAAGAUAGCUCUGUUGGUGGCUUUGCAGUCAUUGAGUAUGAAACAGCAGAGCAGGCAGAGGAAGUACACCAAGGCACAGAUGGAUUGACUAUCAGAGAGAAGAGAGUGCAUGUAUCUUACUGUGCUCCUGGAGCUCCAGGGCGCAGUACUCUUGCUACACUUAUAGCAGCACAACGCAUGAUGAAGAACAGCAGAAAGGGCUUGCUUCCAGAUCCAAAUGCAGUGCAGAUCAUGAAAAGCUUAAAUACCCCAGCGAUGUUACAAAUGUUGUUGCAACCACAGUUACAUGGAUGUACUAAUAAACUUGCAGUUCUUGGAGCUCCCAUAAGUGUACCACACCUUGUAAGCCCAUCAGUCAGCCCAGCCUUCUUACAUUUGAACAAAGUUCAUCAGGGACCAGUUCUUGGAAAUGCAUCAAGUAUGCUGCUACAGAAUCUUUCCCAUCUACAAUUGGCACAACUAGCGAAGAUUGAGAAUAUCCAAUCAAAUAGUAAACCAAGUUUACUUGGAGAGCCUCCACCAGUGCUGCUUCAAACAAUGUUAGGAAUGGGUACUGUACCACCAGUGACCACAGACAUGGGGAGCCAUGGAGAAGCACGCAAUUUAUCUAAUCGGACUCCAGCUCAAACACCGGUUGCAACAGGAAUGGGCAUGCUGCCAUUCUUUCCAAAUCAGCAUGUGGUUGGGCAAACAAUGCCAAGGCAAAAUAUCACACAGGACAAGCUGGCAUCUUCAGUAGCAUUGACAGAAGGCACUGGCUCAGGGUCACAAGCUUAUCUGCAGAGCUUAUCAAAUAUCACUGCUGGAGGCCUACGGGCAGGACAUCUCAAGCCACAGAGCCAGCCAAAGACCACUGACUCAAGCUUGGGGAGCUCUUCAAAUAAUCAGACCUCUCUGUUGGGAGAUCCCCCCAAAGAAAUUCAUCUUAGUACAAAUCCCUACUUGAACUUGGCAAGUGUGCUGCCUUCUAUGUGUCUUUCAGCAAUUGCAAGUAAAACCAGUAAUACUAAGCAGCAGCCUGGACUUUCCAAUAAUUUGCUCGACACUGCAGUUGCUCAGGGAACCACGCCGCAACAAUCAGUAGAAAACUAUUUUAACUAUUCACCACAGUAUGGGGAUUACACACAGGAUUCAAUCCAGCAGUGGUAUCAACAGUAUGCUCAGGCAUACCAUACCAUUCAAGCUAGAGUAGGAGAAAUAGAAAAUGAUGGCACAGAGGAAUCUGAUGGUGGAGUUUAUGGUGACUAUAGUACCUAUUUACAGGUCAUGCCUUCAUAUUAUGCUACAGCCCAAGGAUCCUUCCAUCCAGGCAUUGUGCCAGUUACACCUCAAAACCCACUGAAGAUGACACCAAUAAGAAACGAAAAGCGGGGUUCUUCAUACCUCAUCACCACUCCAGAAGAUGGCCCAGUGGAAUAUGUUGGCCAACACACUCAGAGCUCAGGUGUACAUUAUGCAGAAUUGUAUCUUAAAAGAAAACGUGUCUAUUAGGAUCAUGCUUGAAGUCAAAGCCACUUAAUUCUAUUCUUGUCAUCCAUAUCUUUCACUUUUAAUAUGUAUUGUAGAUAUUCAAAGAACAAUUCCAUAUAGGAAAUUAGUUUUUCUAAGUAAACUUAUGUGUAACAAGUGUGGGGGAAGGCUACUAAUGUAAUCACUGUUAUCCUCCAGGCUAGUUUCUAUGGGUUAGAUGACAAUUAAGUUCCUUAAAAUGGCAUCUUUGCAAGUUGAGAAUUUAUCUGAAAGCAAUAAAAUAAUGGGGAGUGAAAAUGUUCUUGCUAUCUUGCUGAAGAAGUUGCAAUAUUAGUCUUAAGAAAACAAUUAUGCUGGUGUGCUUUUCUUUUAACCUCUUUGAGGAUUUAGAUUCUUUGCUGUUUAAUCCUUUCUCCUGAUGUUUGACAAUAGUAAUAUUCCAUGAUUGAUUUUAAUGGGGGUUGCAUGCUGGAUUAAAGCCCAGACAGUCUGUUAGGCUGAGUACAAGCAUUACAAUUCAGCCUAGUUAAAAUUAGCCAAAUCAUCUUUGGAUUAAAAAAAAUAAAGAAGCAGACAUAGGUCUUAAUGUAGUCAUAUUUCUUACCAAUACAAUUGUGGUAUUAUCCAUAGCCUUCUCCUAGAGCAGUACCACUUGUAGUUUGAUGUUUCUGAAGCCCAAUUAAAAAGCAUAAGCUCCCACAAUGGUGGUAAUAAAAUGCUUGAUCAUUUAUCCAAAAAAAAAAAAAAAAAUCUGCAGAGUCAGGUGUUGCUGAGGAAGGUUAUGGAGAAAUACACAUUAUGGCCCCAUGCAAGAGACAGCUGAUUGUACUUAAGCCUGGUUGAAAUCCAAUGGAAUUUAAAUUUAGCCAUGAGAACUAACUUGUUUGAGUGAUUUCAAUGGGGCUUAAUCGUGAUUAAAUUUCUGGAUUAGGAGGCAGGUCUGAAGAAUUAGACCUACAAGUAAUGGCUGCCUUUGAGACUUAUAAGAGGUUCCUUCUUUACUGUGUUUAUUAAGUAAUCUUAUUCCCAUUGAAUUUCUUUCUGAACAAACAGCUUCUUGAUAAAUAAACUGACAAGCUACUC